AAUUAGCAGCCUCUAAGAAAGACUGGUGCGUUGCAUAUAUUUCUCCACUCCGCACACUCUCUCACUCUGCAUUUGGCUCCAACACCAUCAAUUGACAAAGACUCAUAUAUUCUGAGGCUGAGGUUGCGGCAAAACAAGCAGACUUAUCACUUGCACAAUAUGGCCCGUAAUGAAAUACAGAUCACAGUCACCGAAGACAAGAAUGAGAAUUUGGAGCCAUCGGAGGAACCGGACGGAGGUCCAUUGACAUCAGACAAGCCAUCAGAUGACAUAAAGAUCACCAACGACGAGAGUACGAAUUUGAAGUCAUUGAGGGACGCCGAUGCAGAUCCAUCGACAUCAGACAAGCCAUUAAAAAUUCAGAAGGUUCUGAACAUCGUGCGCUCUUGCUACGGUCAGGAUUGCGAACGAUAUUUCAUACCAACUUCUGUUGCGAUCGGUCCACUCAACCAUCGAAGAGAGACUAAAAAAGAUUCAAGAAUCGAAAGAGGUAAGGAGUGGAAGCGAAAACUGGCGGGAAUGUUCAUCAAGAAAGGGGAGGAGGAAAAUUUCUACAAGAACGUCAAGAGGGAGAUUAAAAACUUGAGGAACUGCUAUAACGACAUCGAACAACUAGAGACAUGGAAUGAUGAGAAGUUGGCCUGGAUGUUCCUAGUGGAUGGCUGUGCAUUGUUGCAAUUCAUAGCCCUUGAUGUGUACGAUGCGUGGGAGUUUUUCAGUGAUAAUGAUCCAGUCAGAAUUGAGAAGGCUGAUUUUUUCUUACUUGAGAACCAACUGCCCUACCAUCUUCUUGAGAUAUUGAUAGACUCGUUCGCUGAAUUCUCAGGGGAAGAAUUAGGACCAGAAUUUCAACCUAAGCCGUUUUUCAAGGAGUUAAUCAAGGAAUUCAUCAACAGGAGUUUCUCGAGUCUGAGUCCGGCGCAAAAACACCAAACUGACAUUGAUUACUUUGAGCCUCCUCCUCCUCAUCUUCUAGAGUUGUUGCGAAGAAGACUAACGAUUGAUUAUAAGGGAGAGAAAAAACAUCCGACUAAGAAAGAUGAUUUUUGGAAGACAUUGACUAAUGAUGAAGAACUUUCUGCUGUUGGAUGUGCUGGUAUCGGAAUAGGAAAAAAAAGCGAUUCUGUUCCUAACAAAAGCAAACACUGGCCUUCAAUUCGCAACGUAAGGGAGCUGAAAGACAAGGGUAUUCAUUUUAAAGCGAGGGAAAAUGGAGGUGCCAUCACAGACAUUGAUUUCAAUGAACGUAAUUGCCUGGCAAUCCUUACGCUGGCUCCCAUUUUUUUGCACGAUACCAGUACUGUGCCAUUGUUGCUGAAUUUGAUAGCGUAUGAGCUGUGUCCAGAUUUCAAAGAAACUUGCAAGAUCACCUCGCAAUUGUCAUUCCUCAACUCCUUGAUUGAUAAUGGGGAGGAUGUGAAGGAACUGAGAGAUGCAGGCGUGCUGGCCCACGGAUUAGGAAGCGAUGAAGCUGUAGCGGAGCUGUUCAACAAGAUGAGCGGCAUCCUGGUGCCAAAUCUUAAGAUAGACUUAGAAUUGAGACGUAAUAUCCAUGACUACUGCAACAGCAAAAAAUCACACCUCAUAGAACUCAUUCAUACCUAUUUUAGGAGUACUUGGAGCUUCUGGGUCUUCCUCAGUGCCUUAGCAGGUCUUAUUAUGCAAGGAAUGCAAACUUAUUAUAGCUCCCGCGAAAAGAAGCUUCCCUAGCAAACUUUAAUUACUAUGUAUAUUGAUAGCGUUCUUAAAGUAUGUCUUUGGAGCCAAUUGGGUUGACAAAAUAAUUUUAUAUAUUUGUUGACAAAACAAUUGUAUAUAUUUGUUAUUAUUAAGGUUAUUAUAUUUAUGACAUUUUUAUUAAACAUUAAAUGUCAUU